CAGGUAGAUUGCAGGACGCUCUAAGCAUAAAAUGAGCUACAGCCAGUAAGCCAGCAGCUCCAGUUGGAUCAGGAGACUGUUGCAGAAUACUGUUCCCUUUCUUACAGCCUGAGAGACGACACGCAGCAAAGAGAUGCACCUUUUUCGUCUCACCCUGGUGGUGUCCCUGGUCUUGACGUCGGCUUUGAAAACCCUGGACUCGGAGCAGGAGCUGCAGGACAGCGGCUUUGGUCGGCCUCCCCCCCGUCACGGACUCCGGCUCCUGGUGUGGUACGUUCAGAACUGCCUGGACAACAACAUGCGGGCUCUGUGUGACCCCACCAAGGGAGAAUAUGGAUUUCACUGGUUUAGAAACAUAGGACGCAAGCCUCUGCUUCCACGGAUCAGGGACAAACGCCAAUACAGAUACUACACCAUCGGAAACCUGAACUCUCCUCAUGCUGAGGACCUGCCGUAUGACGUUAGGAAGGACUACGACCGCCACGACCCCGACAGCAACAUGGACAGAGUUCUGGUGAGAUACAACAAAAACAACAAACGUAUUGAUGAGCUAUAUGCAUCUGCACAUUACGACCCCAAGGAGACGUACGUUAUUGGACCAAAUCUUCUGGCUGCUCUUAGAGGGAAAAUGAACCUUGUUUGUGUGGAAAUGUGAAGAUCUCCUGCAUCUCCCUCGGCCAACCUGAACAGCUUCACGAGACGUAAGAAUCAAACACAAGCGUGACCAGUACUGGAGUUGAGGGAGGAUGGCAUCCCUUCUGAAAUAAAAACGGUCCAAAUCAUCCCCCCUGUAAAAGUGCCAUCCCUCCUUUCCAUCCCUUAUGUCAUUUCAUCAAUGAAUGUGGUUUUACUGCUAUUUCAACAUUUAGAGUCAUCACCAGAAAAAUAACUUA